ACUGUAGAAGAAAUAACUACAGAAACCCAGGAAGAUAUCUCUGAAAUCUCUGAAGCCCUUAAGGAAACUCCUGAAGAAGAAACAAGUGAAAUUGUCCAAGAGAUUCCGGAUAAAGCUCAGCUACUGAAGGGCGAACUGAAGAAGAAAUUAUGACAGAAACACAGCAAGAUAUCACUGAAAUCUAUGAAACCAUUGGAGAAACACCUGAAGAAGUAAUGAGUGAAGUUGCCAAAGAAAGUCCGGAGAAAGUUAAACCUAGCGAAGUUGAAGUGGAAGAAAAAAUGACUAGAGAAACUCAAAAAGACACCACCGAAGUCUCUGAAACCAUCAAAGAAACUCCCGAAGAAGUAAUGAGUGAAGUUUUUGAAGAGGUUCCGAAAAAACCAAAACAGUUUCCUGAGGAAGAAACUGCCUUUGAAGAGACAGUGGAAGUAACCAAAGAAAUGGAAGAAAUUCUAGAAGAUGAAGUUACUCAAGAAACUUUCAAAGAUGAAAUUGAAAUCCAACCACAGCCUCAACCCAAACAGGAAGUUGUAGAGAUCGAAUUCAAACCAGAACAGCCUGCUGAGGAAGAAACCACUUUUGAACCAACAGUUGAGAUAACGAAAGAGAUUGAAGAAACAAUAGAGGAGGGGGAAGAAGAAACAUUUACGGAAGUUAUGGUACCUCAGCCUGGACUCGAAACUGUGGAAUUUGAAAUUGCACCAUCACAAGAUGAAACAGUGGAAACAUUUAGGCAAACAAUCAAAAUCACACAAUUUACUCAAGAAGCUAAAGAAGAGGAGAUAAUGCCAGAACAGCCUGAGAAAGUAUUUGAAGAAAUAGAUGAAACUCAACCUGAGGAAGUACUUGAGAGAAAGGCCCAGCCUCAACCAGACAGGGAAGUUGUGGAAGUUGAAUUCAAAACACAACAGACAUUUGAGGAAGAAACAACUGUUGAAAAAACAGUUGAAAUGACUAAAGAUGUGGAAGAAAUUCCAGAAGAUGAAUUGCCAGAGGAAACUUGCAAGGAGGAAAUUGAAAUCCCAGCACAAGCUCAACCAGAACAAGAAGUUGUAGAGAUUGCAUUCAAACCAGAACAGCCUCCUGAGGAAGAAACUACUGUGGAAGAGACAGUGGAAAUAACCAAAGAAAUGGAAGAAAUUCCAGAAGAUGAAGUUACUGAAGAAACUUUCAAAGAGGAAAUUGAAAUCCAACCACAGCCUCAACCAGAAAAAGAAGUUGUAGAGAUUCAAUUCAAACCAGAACAGCCUGCUGAGGAAGAAACUAGCUUUGAACAAGCAGUUGAGAUAACAAAAGAGAUUGAAGAAACAAUAGAGGAGGGGGAAGAAGAAACAUUUAAGGAAGAAAUAGAACUUCAGCCUGAACGUGAAACUGUGGAAUUUGAAAUUGCACCAUCACAAGAUGAAACAGUGGAAACAUUUAGGCAAACAAUCAAAAUCACACAAUUUACCAAAGAAGCUACAAAAGAGGAGAUAAUGCCAGAACAGCCUGAAGAAGUAUUUGAAGAAAUAGAUGAAACUCAGCCUGAGGAGGUAGUUGAGGAAGAAGCUCAGUGUCUGCCAGAAAGGGAAGUUGUGGAAGUUGAAUUCAAACCACAACAGACUGUUGAGGAAGAAACCACUGUUGAAGAAACCAUUGAAGUAACCAGUGAUGUGGAAGAAAUUCCAGAAGACGAAUUGCCAGAGGAAAGCUUCAAAGAGGCAAUUGAAAUCCAACCACAACCUCAACCAGAAAAGGAAGUUGUAGAGAUUGAAUUCAAACCGGAACAGCCGGCUGAGGAAGAAAGCACUUUUGAACAAACAGUUGAGAUAACAAAAGAGAUUGAAGAAACAAUAGAGGAGGACGAAGAAGAAACAUUUAAGGAAGAAAUGGAACUUCAGCCUGAACGUGAAACUGUGGAAUUUGAAAUUGCACCAUCACAAGAUGAAACAGUGGAAACAUUUAGGCAAACAAUCAAAAUCACACAAUUUACCAAAGAAGCUACAAAAGAGGAGAUAAUGCCAGAACAGCCUGAGAAAGUAUUUGCAGAAAUAGAUCAAAUUCAGUCUGAGGAAGUAGUUGAGGAAGAAGCCCAGCCUCAGCCAGUAAAGGAAGUUGUGGAAGUUAAAUUCAAACCACAACAGACCGUUGAGGAAGGAACCACUGUGGAAGAAACCCUUGAAGUAACCAAAGAUGUGGAAGAAAUUCCAGAAGAUGAAUUUCCAGAGGAAAGCUUCAAAGAGGAAAUUGAAAUACACCCUCAGCCUCAACCAGAAAAGGAAGUUGUAGAGAUUGAAUUCAAACCAGAACAGCCGGCUGAGGAAGAAAGUAGAUUUGAAGAGACAGUGGAAGUAACCAAAGAGUUGGAAGAAAUUCCAGAAGAUGAAGUUACUGAAGAAACUUUCAAAGAGGAAAUUGAAAUCCAACCACAGCCUCAACCAGAAGAAGAAGUUGUAGAGAUUGAAUUCAAACCGGAACAGCCUGCUGAGGAAGAAACUACCUUUGAAGAGACAGUGGAAGUAACCAAAGAGGUGGAAGAAAUUCCAGAAGAUGAAGUUACUCAAGAAACCCUCAAAGAGGAAAUUGAAAUCCAACCACAGCCUCAACCAGAAAAAGAAGUUGUAGAGAUUCAAUUCAAACCAGAACAGCCGGCUGAGGAAGAAAGUAGAUUUGAAGAGACAGUGGAAGUAACCAAAGAGGUGGAAGAAAUUCCAGAAGAUGAAGUUACUCAAGAAACCUUCAAAGAGGAAAUUGAAAUCCAACCACAGCCUCAACCAGAAGAAGAAGUUGUAGAGAUUGAAUUCAAACCGGAACAGCCUGCUGAGGAAGAAACUACCUUUGAAGAGACAGUGGAAGUAACCAAAGUGGUGGAAGAAAUUCCAGAAGAUGAAGUUACUCAUAAAACCUUCCAAGAGGAAAUUAAAAUCCAACAGCCUCAGCCAGAAAAGGACAUUGCAGAGAUUGAAUUCAUUCCAGAACAGCCUGCUGAGGAAGAAACUACCUUUGAAGAGACAGUGGAAGUAACCAAAGAGGUGGAAGAAAUUUUAGAAGAUGAAGUUACUCAAGAAACCCUCAAAGAGGAAAUUGAAAUCCAACCACAGCCUCAACCAGAAAAAGAAGUUGUAGAGAUUCAAUUCAAACCAGAAAAGCCUGCUGAGGAAGAAACCACUUUUGAACAAACGGUUGAGAUAACAAAAGAGAUUGAAGAAACAAUAGAUGGGGAGGAAGAAGGAACAUUUAAGGAAGAAACAGAACUUCAGCCUGAACGUGAAACUGUGGAAUUUGAAAUUGCACCAUCACAAGAUCAAACAAUGGAAAUAUUUAGGCAAACAAUCAAAAUCACACAAUUUACUGAAGAAGCUACAAAAGAGGAGAUAAUGCCAGAACAGCCUGAGAAAGUAUUUGAAGAAAUAGAUGAAACUCAACCUGAGAAAGUAGUUGAGGAAGAAGACCAGCUUCCAGGACAUGAAUUGCCAGAGAAAACUUUCAAGGAAGAAAUUCAAAUCCAACCACAGCCUCAGCCAAAGAAGGAUGUAACUGGUGAGGCUGAAUUUGAAGCGCCAGAGGAAGUGCAACCCUCAGAAAUUCAGGCUGAGGAAACAAAGCCAGAAGAGACACCUGAAAAAGUAACUGAAGUUUCUGCUGAACUUGAGGAAACGACAGAGGAUGUCACUGGUGAGGUUGAAUUUGAAGCACGCGAAGACCUGCAGCCAUCAGAAAUUGAGGCUCAGGAAACCAAAGCUAAACACACACCGGAAGAAAUAACUGAAGUGUCUCCUGAAAUUGAGGAAACGACAGAGGGUGUCAUUGGUGAGGUUGAAAUUAAAGUACCAGAGGAAGUGCAUCCCUCAGAAAUUGAGGCUAAAGAAACAAAGCCAGAAGAAACCCCGGAAGAAGUAUCUCAAGUUUCUGGUGAACUUGAGGAAACGCCAGAGGAUGUAACUGGUGAGGUCGAAUUUGAAGCGCCAGAAGAGGUGCAACCCUCAGAAAUUGAGGCUGAAGAAACAAAACCAGAGGAAACGCCAGAAGAAGUAACUGAAGUUUCUACUGAAAUUAAAGAAAUGACAGAGGAUGUAACUGGUGAGGUCGAAUUUGAAACACCAGAAGAAGUGCAACCCUCAGAAAUUGAGGCUGAAGAAACAAAGCCAGAAGAAACACCAGGAGAAGUAACUGUAGUUUCUGCUGAAAUUGAGGAAAUCAGAGGGGAUGUUAUUGGUGAGAUCGACAUUAAAGCAACAGAUAAAAUCCAGCCUUCGGUGAUGGAGGCUGAAGAAACAAAACCAAAAGAAACGCCUGAUGAAGUAACUGAAAUUUCUGCUGAAAUUGAGGAAACGACAGAGGAUAUAACUGGUGAGGUCGAAUUUGAAACACCAGAAGAUGUGCAGCCAUCAGAAAUUGAGGCUGAAGAAACAAAACCAGAUGAAACAACUGAAGAAGUAUCUGAAGUUACCGGUGAUAUUGUGGAAACGACAGAGGAUGUGACUGGUGAGGUCGAAUUUGAAGGACUAGAAGACGUGCAACCCUCAGAAAUUGAGGCUGAAGAAACAAAGCCAGAAGAGACACCUGAAGAAGUAACUAAGGUUUCUGCUGAACUUGAGGAAACCACAGAGGAUGUUAUUGGUGAGAUGGACAUUGAAGCAACAGAUAAAAUCCAGCCUUCGGUGAUGGAGGCUGAAGAAACAAAGCCAAAAGAAACACCAGAAGAAGUAACUGAAAUUUCUGCUGAAAUUGAGGAAACGACAGAGGAUGUAACUGGUGAGGUUGAAUUUGAAGCACCAGAAGAGGUACAACCCUCAGACAUUGAGGCUGAAGAAACAAAGCCGAAAGAAACACCAGAAGAAGUAGCUGAAGUUUCUGCUGGAAUUGAAGAAACGACAGAGGAUGUAACUGGUGAGGAUGAAUUUCAAUCGCCAGAAGAGGUGCAACCGUCUGAAAUUGAGGCUGAAGAAACAAAGCCAAAAGAAACACCAAGAGAAGUAACCGUAGUUUCUGCUGAACUUGAGGAAAUCUCAGGGGAUGCUAUUACUGAGAUCGACAUUGAAGCAACAGAUACAAUUCGGCCUUCGGUGAUGGAGGCUGAAGAAACAAAACCAAAAGAAACACCAGAAGAAGUAACUCAAGUUUCUGCUGGAUAUGAGGAAUCGACAGAGGAUGUAACUGGUGAGGUUGAAUUUGAAGCACCAGAAGAGGUACAAUCCUCAGAAAUUGAGGCUGGAGAAACAAAGCGAAAAGAAACACCAGAAGAAGUAACUGAAGUUUCUGCUGAACUUGAGGAAAUCACUGGGGAUGUUAUUGGUGAGAUGGACAUUAAAGCAACAGAUAAAAUCCAGCCUUCGGUGAUGGAGGCUGAGGAAACAAAACCAAAAGAAACACCAGAAGAAGUAACUGAAAUUUCUGCUGAAAUUGAGGAAACAACAGAGGAUGUAACUGGUUAUGUUGAAUUUGAAGCACCUGAAGAAGUGCAGCUAUCAGAAAUUGAAGCUGAAGAAACAAAACCAGAGGAAACGCCAGAAGAAGUAACUCAAGUUUCUACUGAAAUUAAAGAAACGACAGAGGAUUUAACUGGUGAGGUUGAAUUUGAAACACCAGAAGAAGUGCAGCCAUCAGAAAUUGAGGCUGAAGAAACAAAACCAGAUAAAACAACUGAAGAAACAGAGGAUGUGACUGGUGAGGUCGAAUUUGAAGGACUAGAAGACGUGGAACCCUCAGAAAUUGAGGCUGAAGAAAGAAAGGUAGAAGAAACACCAGAAGUAGUAACUGAAGUUUCUUCUGAAAUCAAAGAAACGACAGAGGAUUUAACUGGUGAGGUUGAAUUAGAAACACCAGAAGAAGUCCAGCCAUCAGAAAUUGAGGCUGAAGAAACAAAACCAGAUGAAACAACUGAAGAAGUAUCUGAAGUUUGCGCUGAUAUUGUGGAAAUGACAGAGGAUGUAACUGGUGAGGUCGAAUUUGAAACACCAGAAGAAGUGCAACCCUCAGAAAUUGAGGCUGAAAAAACAAAGCCAGAAGAAACACCAGGAGAAGUAACUGUAGUUUCUGCUGAAAUUGAGGAAAUCAGAGGGGAUGUUAUUGGUGAGAUCGACAUUAAAGCAACAGAUAAAAUCCAGCUUUCGGUGAUGGAGGCUGAAGAAACAAAACCAAAAGAAACACCAGAAGAAGUAACUCAAGUUUCUGCUGGAAUUCAGGAAAUGACAGAGGAUGUAACUGGUGAGGUCGAAUUUGAAGCACCAGAAGAGGUGCAACCCUCAGACAUUGAGGCUGAAGAAACAAAGCCAAAAGAAACACCAGAAGAAGUAACUCAAGUUUCUGCUGAAAUUGAGGAAACGACAGAGGAUGUAACUGGUGAGGUCGAAUAUGAAGCACCAGAAGAGGUGCAACCCACAGACAUUGAGGCUGAAGAAACAAAGCCAAAAGAAACACCAGAAGAAGUAACUCAAGUUUCUGCUGGAAUUGAGGAAACCACAGAGGAUGUAACUGAUGAGGUCGAAUUUGAAGCACCAGAAGAGGUGCAGCCAUCAGAAAUUGAGGCUAAAGAAACAAAGCCAAAAGAAACACCAGAAGAAGUAACUCAAGUUUCUGCUGGAAUUGAGGAAAUGACAGAGGAUGUAACUGGUGAGGUCGAAUUUGAAGCACCAGAAGAGGUACAGCCAACAGAAAUUGAGGCUGAAGAAACAAAACCAGAGGAAACGCCAGAAGAAGUAACUGAAGUUUCUACUGAAAUUAAAGAAACGACAGAGGAUGUGACUGGUGAGGUCGAAUUUGAAGGACUAGAAGACGUGCAACCCUCAGAAAUUGAGGCUGAAGAAACAAAGGUAGAAGAAACACCAGAAGUAGUAACUGAAGUUUCUGCUGAAAUCAAAGAAACGACAGAGGAUGUAUCUGGUGAGGUUGAAUUUGUAGCGCCAGAAGAGGUGCAACCCUCAGAAAUUGAGACUGAAGAAACACAGCCAGAAGAGACACCUGAAGAAGUAACUAAGGUUUCUGCUGAGUUUGAGGAAACCACAGAGGAUGUUAUUUGUGAGAUGGACAUUGAAGCAACAGAUAAAAUCCAGCCUUCGGUGAUGGAGGCUGAAGAAACAAAGCCAAAAGAAACACCAGAAGAAGUAACUCAAGUUUCUGCUGGAAUUGAGGAAACGACAGAGGAUGUAACUGGUGAGGUCGAAUUUGAAGCACCAGAAGAGGUGCAACCCUCAGACAUUGAGGCUGAAGAAACAAAGCCGAAAGAAACACCAGAAGAAGUAACUCAAGUUUCUGCUGGAAUUGAGCAAACGACAGAGGAUGUGACUGGUGAGGUGGAAUUUGAAGCACCAGAAGAGGUGCAACCCUCAGACAUUGAGGCUGAAGAAACAAAGCCAAAAGAAACACCAGAAGAAGUAACUCAAGUUUCUGCUGAAAUUGAGGAAACGACAGAGGAUGUGACUGGUGAGGUCGAAUUUGAAGCACCAGAAGAGGUGCAACCCUCAGACAUUGAGGCUGAAGAAACAAAGCCAAAAGAAACACCAGAAGAAGUAACUGAAGUUUCUACUGAAAUUAAAGAAAUGACAGAGGAUGUAACUGGUGAGGUUGAAUUUGUAGUGCCAGAAGAGGUGCAACCCUCAGAAAUUGAGACUGAAGAAACACAGCCAGAAGAGACACCUGAAGAAGUAACUAAGGUUUCUGCUGAGUUUGAGGAAACCACAGAGGAUGUUAUUGGCGAGAUGGACUUUGAAGCAACAGAUAAAAUCCAGCCUUCGGUGAUGGAGGCUGAAGAAACAAAGCCAAAAGAAACACCAGAAGAAGUAACUCAAGUUUCUGCUGGAAUUGAGGAAACGACAGAGGAUGUAACUGGUGAGGUCGAAUUUGAAGCACCAGAAGAGGUGCAACCCUCAGACAUUGAGGCUGAAGAAACAAAGCCGAAAGAAACACCAGAAGAAGUAACUCAAGUUUCUGCUGGAAUUGAGGAAACGACAGAGGAUGUGACUGGUGAGGUGGAAUUUGAAGCACCAGAAGAGGUGCAACCCUCAGACAUUGAGGCUGAAGAAACAAAGCCAAAAGAAACACCAGAAGAAGUAACUCAAGUUUCUGCUGAAAUUGAAGAAACGACAGAGGAUGUGACUGGUGAGGUCGAAUUUGAAGCACCAGAAGAGGUGCAACCCUCAGACAUUGAGGCUGAAGAAACAAAACCAAAAGAAACACCAGAAGAAGUAACUCAAGUUUCUACUGAAAUUAAAGAAACGACAGAGGAUUUAACUGGUGAGGUUGAAUUUGAAGCACCAGAAGAGGUGCAACCCUCAGAAAUUGAGGCUGAAGAAACAAAGCCAGAAGAAACACCAGGAGAAGUAACUGUAGUUUCUGCUGAAAUUGAGGAAAUCAGAGGGGAUGUUAUUGGUGAGAUCGACAUUAAAGCAACAGAUAAAAUCCAGCCUUCGGUGAUAAAGGCUGAAGAAACAAAACCAGAAGAAACGCCUGAUGAAGUAACUGAAAUUUCUGCUGAACUUGAGGAAACAACAGAGGAUGUAACUGGUGAGGUCGAAUUUGAAACACCAGAAGAAGUGCAGCCAUCAGAAAUUGAGGCUGAAGAAACAAAACCAGAUGAAACAACUGAAGAAGUAUCUGAAGUUUCCGCUGAUAUUGUGGAAAUGACAGAGGAUGUAACUGGUGAGGUCGAAUUUGAAACACCAGAAGAAGUGCAACCCUCAGAAAUUGAGGCUGAAGAAACAAAGCUAGAAGAAACACCAGGAGAAGUAACUGAAGUUUCUGCUGAAAUUGAGGAAAUCAGAGGGGAUGUUAUUGGUGAGAUCGACAUUAAAGCAACAGAUAAAAUCCAGCCUUCGGUGAUGGAGGCUGAAGAAACAAAACCAAAAGAAACGCCUGAUGAAGUAACUGAAAUUUCUGCUGAAAUUGAGGAAACGACAGAGGAUGUAACUGGUGAGGUCGAAUUUGAAACACCAGAAGAAGUGCAGCCAUCAGAAAUUGAGGCUGAAGAAACAAAACCAGAUGAAACAACUGAAGAAGUAUCUGAAGUUUCCGCUGAUAUUGUGGAAACGACAGAGGAUGUGACUGGUGAGGUCGAAUUUGAAGGACUAGAAGACGUGCAACCCUCAGACAUUGAGGCUGAAGAAACAAAGCCAAAAGAAACACCAGAAGAAGUAACUCAAGUUUCUGCUGAAAUUGAGGAAACGACAGAGGAUGUGACUGGUGAGGUCGAAUUUGAAGCACCAGAAGAGGUGCAACCCUCAGACAUUGAGGCUGAAGAAACAAAGCCAAAAGAAACACCAGAAGAAGUAACUCAAGUUUCUACUGAAAUUAAAGAAACGACAGAGGAUUUAACUGGUGAGGUUGAAUUUGAAGCACCAGAAGAGGUGCAACCCUCAGAAAUUGAGGCUGAAGAAACAAAGCCAGAAGAAACACCAGGAGAAGUAACUGUAGUUUCUGCUGAAAUUGAGGAAAUCAGAGGGGAUGUUAUUGGUGAGAUCGACAUUAAAGCAACAGAUAAAAUCCAGCCUUCGGUGAUGGAGGCUGAAGAAACAAAACCAGAAGAAACGCCUGAUGAAGUAACUGAAAUUUCUGCUGAACUUGAGGAAACAACAGAGGAUGUAACUGGUGAGGUCGAAUUUGAAACACCAGAAGAAGUGCAGCCAUCAGAAAUUGAGGCUGAAGAAACAAAACCAGAUGAAACAACUGAAGAAGUAUCUGAAGUUUCCGCUGAUAUUGUGGAAAUGACAGAGGAUGUAACUGGUGAGGUCGAAUUUGAAACACCAGAAGAAGUGCAACCCUCAGAAAUUGAGGCUGAAGAAACAAAGCCAGAAGAAACACCAGGAGAAGUAACUGAAGUUUCUGCUGAAAUUGAGGAAAUCAGAGGGGAUGUUAUUGGUGAGAUCGACAUUAAAGCAACAGAUAAAAUCCAGCCUUCGGUGAUGGAGGCUGAAGAAACAAAACCAAAAGAAACGCCUGAUGUAGUAACUGAAAUUUCUGCUGAAAUUGAGGAAACGACAGAGGAUGUGACUGGUGAGGUCGAAUAUGAAACACCAGAAGAAGUGCAGCCAUCAGAAAUUGAGGCUGAAGAAACAAAACCAGAUGAAACAACUGAAGAAGUAUCUGAAGUUUCCGCUGAUAUUGUGGAAACGACAGAGGAUGUGACUGGUGAGGUCGAAUUUGAAGGACUAGAAGACGUGCAACCCUCAGACACUGAGGCUGAAGAAACAAAGCCAAAAGAAACACCAGAAGAAGUAACUCAAGUUUCUGCUGGAAUUGAGGAAAUGACAGAGGAUGUAACUGGUGAGGUCGAAUUUGAAGCACGAGAAGAGAUGCAGCCAUCAGAAAUUGAGGCUGAGGAAAUAAAGGCAGAGGAAACACCAGAAGAAGUAACUCAAGUUCCUGCUGGAAUUGAGGAAACGACAGAGGAUGUGACUGGUGAGGUCGAAUUUGAAGCACCAGAAGAUUUGCAACCCUCAGACAUUGAGGCUGAAGAAACAAAGCCAAAAGAAACACCAGAAGAAGUAACUCAAGUUUCUGCUGAAAUUGAGGAAACGACAGAGGAUGUGACUGGUGAGGUCGAAUUUGAAGCACCAGAAGAGGUGCAACCCUCAGACAUUGAGGCUGAAGAAACAAAGCCUAAAGAAACACCAGAAGAAGUAACUCAAGUUUCUGCUGGAAUUGAGGAAAUGACGGAGGAUGUAACUGGUGAGUUCGAAUUUGAAGCACCAGAAGAGGUACAGCCAUCAGAAAUUGAGGCUGAAGAAACAAAACCAGAGGAAACGCCAGAAGAAGUGACCCAAGUUUCUGUUGAAAUUAAAGAAACGACAGAGGAUGUAACUGGUGAGGUUGAAUUUGAAACACAAGGAGAAGUGCAACCGUCCGAAAUUGAGGCUGAAGAAACAAAGCCAAAAGAAACACCAAGAGAAGUAACUGUAGUUUCUGCUGAACUUGAGGAAACCCCAGGGGAUGUAACUGGUGAGAUCGACAUUGAAGCAACAGAUAAAAUCCAACCUUCGGUGAUGGACGCUGAAGAAACAAAACCAAAACAAACACCAGAAGAAGUAACUGAAAUUUCUGCUGACAUUGAGGAAUUGAUAGAGGAUGUAACUGGUGAUGUUGAAUUAGAAGCACCAGAAGAGGUACAACCCUCAGACAUUGAGGCUGAAGAAACAAAGCCAAAAGAAACACCAGAAGAAGUAUCUGAAGUUUUCGCUGAUAUUGUGGCAACGGCAGAGGGUGUAACUGGGGAGGUUGAAUUUGAAGCGCCAGAAGGAGUGCAGCCAUCAGAAAUUGAGGCUGAGGAAAUAAAGGCAGAGGAAACACCAGAAGAAAUAACUGAAGUUUCUGCUGAAAUUAAAGAAACGGCAGAGGGUGUAACUGGGGAGGUUGAAUUUGAAGCGCCAGAAGAAGUGGAGCCAUCAGAAAUUGAGGCUGAGGAAAUAAAGGCAGAGGAAACACCAGAAAAAGUAACUGAAGUUUCUGCUGAAAUUAAAGAAACCACAGAGGAUGUAACUGGUGAGGUUGAAUUUCAAGCACCAAAAGAGGUGCAACCCUCAGAAAUUGAGGUUGAAGAAACAAAGUCGGACGAAACCACUGAGCAAAUAACAGAAGUUUGUGCUGAAAUUGAGGAAAAGACUGAUGUAACUGGUGAGGUCGAAUUUGAAGCGCCAGAUGAGGUGCAACCCUCAGAAAUUGAGGCUGAAGAAACAAAGCAAGAAGAGACACCUGAAGAAAUAACUGAAGUUUCUGCUGAACUUGAGGAAAUCACAGGCGAUGUUAUUGGUGAGAUCGACAUUGAAGCAAUCCAGCUUUCGGUGAUAGAGGCUGAAGGAACAAAGCCAGAAGAAACACCAGAAGAAGUAACUGAAAUUUCUGCUGAAAUUGAGGACACGACAGCGGAUGUGACUUGUGAGGUUGCAUUUGAAGCACCACAAGACGUGCAACCCUCAGAAAUUGAAGCUGAAGAGACAAUGGCAGAAGAAAUAAGUGAUGAAUUAUCUGAAGUUUCCUCUAAAAUUGUGGAAUCGACUGAGGAUGUAACUGGUGAGGUCGAAUUUGAAGCGCCACAACAGGUGCAACCGUCAGAAAUUGAGGCUGAAGACACAAAGACAGAAAAAACACCUGAAGAAGUAACUAAAGUUUCCACUGAACUUGAGGAAGUCACAGCAGAUAUUAGUGGUGAGAUCGACAUUGAAGCAACAGAUAAAAUCCAGCCUUCGGUGAUGGAGGCUGAAGAAACAAAACCAGCAAUAACACCUGAAGAAGUAACCGAAGUUUCUACUGAAAUUGAGGAAACGACAGAAAAUGUAAUUGUUGACGUUGACUUUGAAGCAACCAAGGAAAUCAAACCCUCACAAAUUGAGGCUGAAGAAACAAAACCAGAAGGAUCACCCAAAGAAAUAAGUGAAGUUUCUGCUGAUAUUGUGGACUUUACAGAGGAUGUAUGUGGUGAGGUUGAAUUUCAUGUACCAGAAGACGUGCAGCCUUCAGAAAUAGAGACUGAGGAAACAAGGCGAGAAGAAACACAUAAGGAAGUAACUGAAGUUUCUGUCGGACUUGAGGAAACGACAGAGGAUGUAACUGGUGAGGCUGAAUUUGAAGCACCAGAGAAAGUCCAACCCUCAGAAAUUCAACCUGAAGAAACAAAACGGAAAGAAACAACUGAAGAAGUAUCUGAAGUUUCCGCUGAUAUUGUGCAAACGACAGAGGAUGUAACUGGCGAGCUUGAAGGUCAAGAGGACGUGCUACCCUCAGAAAUUGAGGCUGAAGAAACAAAACCAGUAGACACACGUGAAGAAGUAACUGAAGUUUCUGUCGAAACUGAGGCAGCAACAGAGGAUAUAACUGGUGAUUCUGACUUUGGAGCAACUGAGGAAAUCUACCCCUCACAAACUGAGGUUGAAAAAUCAAAGCCAGAAGAAACACCUGAAGACGUAACUGAAGUUUCAUCUGAAAUUGAGGAAAAGGAGCAAAUAGAGGCUGCAGUUGAGGUAGAAUUGGAAGGAGAUGAAGAAGUUGAAGCUGAGUUAGAGGUAUCUCCUCAUAUUGGUGGCUUACCUGAAGCUGAGGAAUCUGCACAAGAGGCCGAGCUAGAGGUAACACCGGUGAAACAACCUGAAAUCAAACGUGAAGUGGAAGGAGAAGAUGUGGUUGAAGAAUUGCAGCCUGAAGCUUCACUUGAAGAAGCAGAGAUUAUAACAGAGGCAGAAGUGGAAACUGAGGCUGAUGUUUUAUGUAAAGAAGAAAGCGAAGUUGAGGAAGUAGAAGCUGAUAUAGACUUCCCCGCAAAGGAGGAAAUAGAGGCUGAAGUUGAGGUGGAAUCGGAAGGAGAGGAAGAAGUUGAAGCUGAGUUAGAGGUAUCUCCUGAUAUUGGUGCCUUACCUGAAGCUGAGGAAUCUGCACAAGAGGCCGAGCUAGAUGUAACACCGGUGAAACAACCUGAAAUUAAACGUGAAGUGGAAAAAGAUGUGGUUGAAGAAUUGCAGCCUGAAGCUUCACUUGAAAAAGCAGAGAUUAUAACAGAGGAAGAAGUGGAAACUGAGGCUGAUGUUUUAUCUAAAGAAGAAAGCGAAGUUGAGGAAGUAGAAGCUGAUAUAGACUUCCCCGCAAAGGAGGACAUAGAGGCUGAAGUUGAGGUGGAAUCGGAAGGAGAGGAAGAAGUUGAAGCUGAGUUAGAUAUAUCUCCUGAUAUUGGUGGCUUACCUGAAGCUGAGGAAUCUGCACAAGAGGCCGAGCUAGAUGUAACACCGGUGAAACAACCUGAAAUCAAACGUGAAGUGGAAGGAGAAGAUGUGAUUGAAGAAUUGCAGCCUGAAGCUUCACUUGAAGAAGGCACACUUGAAAAAGCAGAGAUUAUGACAGAGGCAGAAGUAGAUACUGAGACUGAUAUUUUAUCUCAAGAAGAAAGCGGAGUUGAGGAAGUAGAGGCUGAUAUAGACUUCCCCGCAAAGGAGGAAAUAGAGGCUGAAGUUGAGGUAGAAUCGGAAGGAGAGGAAGAAGUUGAAGCUGAGUUAGAUGUAUCUCCUCAUAUUGGUGCCUUACCUGAAGCUGAGGAAUCUGCACAAGAGGCCGAGCUAGAUGUAACACCGGUGAAACAACCUGAAAUCAAACGUGAAGUGGAAGGAGAAGAUGUGGUUGAAGAAUUGCAGCCUGAAGCUUCACUUGAAAAAGCAGAGAUUAUAACAGAGGAAGAAGUGGAAACUGAGGCUGAUGUUUUAUCUAAAGAAGAAAGCGAAGUUGAGGAAGUAGAAUCUGAUAUAGACUUCCCCGCAAAGGAGGAAAUAGAGGCUGAAGUUGAUGUGGAAUCGGAAGGAGAGGAAGAAGUUGAAGCUGAGUUAGAGGUAUCUCCUCAUAUUGGUGCCUUACCUGAAGCUGAGGAAUCUGCACAAGAGGCCGAGCUAGAUGUAACACCGGUGAAACAACCUGAAAUCAAACGUGAAGUGGAAGGAGAAGAUGUGGUUGAAGAAUUGCAGCCUGAAGCUUCACUUGAAAAAGCAGAGAUUAUAACAGAGGAAGAAGUGGAAACUGAGGCUGAUGUUUUAUCUGAAGUAGAAAGCGAAGUUGAGGAAGUAGAAGCUGAUAUAGACUUCCCCGCAAAGGAGGAAAUAGAGGCUGAAGUUGAGGUAGAAUCGGAAGGAGAGGAAGAAGUUGAAGCUGAGUUAGAUGUAUCUCCUCAUAUUGGUGGCUUACCUGAAGCUGAGGAAUCUGCACAAGAGGCCGAGCUAGAUGUAACACCGGUAAAGCAACCUGAAAUCAAACGUGAAGUGGAAGAAGAAGAUGUGGUUGAAGAAUUGCAGCCUGAAGCUUCACUUGAAGAAGACACACUUGAAAAAGCAGAGAUUAUACCAGAGGAAGAAGUGGAAACUGAGGCUGAUGUUUUAUCUGAAGUAGAAAGCGGAGUUGAGGAAGUAGAGGCUGAUAUAGACUUCCCCGCAAAGGAGGAAAUAGCGGCUGAAGAUGAGGUAGAAUCGGAAGGAGAGGAAGAAGUUGAAGCUGAGUUAGAGGUAUCUCCUGAUAUUGGUGGCUUACCUGAAGCUGAGGAAUCUGCACAAGAGGCCGAGCUAGUUGUAACAGAUGUGGUUGAAGAAUUGCAGCCUGAAGCUUCACUUGAAGAAGCAGAGAUUAUAACAGAGGCAGAAGUGGAAACUGAGGCUGAUGUUUUAUCUAAAGAAGAAAGCGAAGUUGAGGAAGUAGAAACUGAUAUAGACUUCCCCGCAAAGGAGGAAAUAGAGGCUGAAGUUGAUGUGGAAUCGGAAGGAGAGGAAGAAGUUGAAGCUGAGUUAGAUGUAUCUCCUGAUAUUGGUGGCUUACCUGAAGCUGAGGAAUCUGCACAAGAGGCCGAGCUAGAUGUAACACCGGUGAAACAACCUGAAAUCAAACGUGAAGUGGAAGGAGAAGAUGUGAUUGAAGAAUUGCAGCCUGAAGCUUCACUUGAAGAAGACACACUUGAAAAAGCAGAGAUUAUGACAAAAGAAGAAGUGGAAACUGAGGCUGAUGUUUUAUCUGAAGAAGAAAGCGGAGUUGAGGAAGUAGAGGCUGAUAUAGACUUCCCCGCAAAGGAGGAAAUAGAGGCUGAAGUUGAGGUGGAAUCGGAAGGAGAGGAAGAAGUUGAAGCUGAGUUAGAGGUAUCUCCUCAUAUUGGUGCCUUACCUGAAGCUGAGGAAUCUGCACAAGAGGCCGAGCUAGAUGUAACCCCGGUGAAACAACCUGAAAUCAAACGUGAAGUGGAAGGAGGAGAUGUGGUUGAAGAAUUGCAGCCUGAAGCUUCACUUGAAAAAGCAGAGAUUAUGACAGAGGAAGAAGUGGAAACUGAGGCUGAUGUUUUAUCUGAAGUAGAAAGCGGAGUUGAGGAAGUAGAGGCUGAUAUAGACUUCCCCGCAAAGGAGGAAAUAGCGGCUGAAGUUGAGGUAGAAUCGGAAGGAGAGGAAGAAGUUGAAGCUGAGUUAGAUGUAUCUCCUGAUAUUGGUGGCUUACCUGAAGCUGAGGAAUCUGCACAAGAGGCCGAGCUAGAUGUAACACCGGUGAAACAACCUGAAAUUAAACGUGAAGUGGUAGAAGAUGUGGUUGAAGAAUUGCAGCCUGAAGCUUCACUUGAAAAAGCAGAGAUUAUAACAGAGGAAGAAGUGGAAACUGAGGCUGAUGUUUUAUCUAAAGAAGAAAGCGAAGUUGAGGAAGUAGAAGCUGAUAUAGACUUCCCCACAAAGGAGGACAUAGAGGCUGAAGUUGAGGUGGAAUCGGAAGGAGAGGAAGAAGUUGAAGCUGAGUUAGAUGUAUCUCCUGAUAUUGGUGGCUUACCUGAAGCUGAGGAAUCUGCACAAGAGGCCGAGCUAGAUGUAACACCGGUGAAACAACCUGAAAUUAAACGUGAAGUGGAAGAAGAUGUGGUUGAAGAAUUGCAGCCUGAAGCUUCACUUGAAAAAGCAGAGAUUAUAACAGAGGAAGAAGUGGAAACUGAGGCUGAUGUUUUAUCUAAAGAAGAAAGCGAAGUUGAGGAAGUAGAAGCUGAUAUAGACUUCCCCGCAAAGGAGGACAUAGAGGCUGAAGUUGAGGUGGAAUCGGAAGGAGAGGAAGAAGUUGAAGCUGAGUUAGAGGUAUCUCCUGAUAUUGGUGCCUUACCUGAAGCUGAGGAAUCUGCACAAGAGGCCGAGCUAGAUGUAACCCCGGUGAAACAACCUGAAAUCAAACGUGAAGUGGAAGGAGAAGAUGUGGUUGAAGAAUUGCAGCCUGAAGCUUCACUUGAAAAAGCAGAGAUUAUGACAGAGGAAGAAGUGGAAACUGAGGCUGAUGUUUUAUCUGAAGUAGAAAGCGGAGUUGAGGAAGUAGAGGCUGAUAUAGACUUCCCCGCAAAGGAGGAAAUAGAGGCUGAAGUUGGUGUGGAAUCGGAAGGAGAGGAAGAAGUUGAAGCUGAGUUAGAGGUAUCUCCUCAUAUUGGUGGCUUACCUGAAGCUGAGGAAUCUGCACAAGAGGCCGAGCUAGAUGUAACACCGGUGAAACAACCUGAAAUCAAACGUGAAGUGGAAGAAGAAGAUGUGGUUGAAGAAUUGCAGCCUGAAGCUUCACUUGAAGAAGGCACACUUGAAAAAGCAGAGAUUAUAACAGAGGAAGAAGUAGAUACUGAGACUGAUGUUUUAUCUGAAGUAGAAAGCGGAAUUGAGGAAGUAGAAGCUGAUAUAGACUUCCCCGCAAAGGAGGAAAUAGAGGCUGAAGUUGAGGUGGAAUCGGAAGGAGAGGAAGAAGUUGAAGCUGAGUUAGAGGUAUCUCCUCAUAUUGGUGCCUUACCUGAAGCUGAGGAAUCUGCACAAGAGGCCGAGCUAGAUGUAACACCGGUGAAACAACCUGAAAUGAAACGUAAAGUGGAAGGAGAAGAUGUGGUUGAAGAAUUGCAGCCUGAAGCUUCACUUGAAGAACAUACACUUGAAAAAGCAGAGAUUAUGACAGAGGAAGAAAUAGAAACUGAGGCUGAUGUUUUAUCUGAAGUAGAAAGCGGAGUUGAGGAAGUAGAGGCUGAUAUAGACUUCCCUGCAAAGGAGGAAAUAGAGGCUGAAGUUGAGGUGGAAUCGGAAGGAGAGGAAGAAGUUGAAGCUGAGUUAGAUGUAUCUCCUGAUAUUGGUGCCUUACCUGAAGCUGAGGAAUCUGCACAAGAGGCCGAGCUAGAUGUAACACCGGUGAAACAACCUGAAAUGAAACGUGAAGUGGAAGGAGAAGAUGUGGUUGAAGAAUUGCAGCCUGAAGCUUCACUUGAAGAAGCAGAGAUUAUAACAGAAGCAGAAGUGGAGACUGAGGCUGAUGUUUUAUCUAAAGAAGAAAGCGAAGUUGAGGAAGUAGAAGCUGAUAUAGACUUCCCCGCAAAGGAGGAAAUAGAGGCUGAAGUUGAGGUGGAAUCGGAAGGAGAGGAAGAAGUUGAAGCUGAGUUAGAUGUAUCUCCUCAUAUUGGUGGCUUACCUGAAGCUGAGGAAUCUGCACAAGAGGCCGAGCUAGAUGUAACCCCGGUGAAACAACCUGAAAUUAAACGUGAAGUGGAAGGAGAAGAUGUGGUUGAAGAAUUGCAGCCUGAAGCUUCACUUGAAGAAGACACACUUGAAGAAGCAGAGAUUUUGACAAAGGAAGAAGUGGAAACUGUAUCUGGUGUUUUAUCUGAAGAAGAAAGCGGAGUUGAGGAAGUAGAAGCUGAUACAGACUUCCCCGCAAUGGAGGAAAUAGAGGCUGAAGUUGAGGUGGAAUCGGAAGGAGAGGAAGAAGUUGAAGCUGAGUUAGAUGUAUCUCCUCAUAUUGGUGGCUUACCUGAAGCUGAGGAAUCUGCACAAGAGGCCGAGCUAGAUGUAACACCGGUGAAACAACCUGAAAUCAAACGUGAAGUGGAAGGAGAUGUGGUUGAAGAAUUGCAGCCUGAAGCUUCACUUGAAGAAGCAGAGAUUAUAACAGAGGAAGAAGUGGAAACUGUAUCUGAUGUUUUAUCUGAAGUAGAAAGCGAAGUUGAGGAAGUAGAAGCUGAUGUAGACUUCCCCGCAAAGGAGGAAAUAGAGGCUGAAGUUGGGGUGGAAUCGGAAGGAGAGGAAGAAGUUGAAGCUGAGUUAGAUGUAUCUCCUCAUGUUGGUGGCUUACCUGAAGCUGAGGAAUCUGCACAAGAGGCCGAGCUAGAUGUAACACCGGUGAAACAACCUGAAAUCAAGCGUGAAGUGGAAGGAGAAGACGUGAUUGAAGAAUUGCAGCCUGAAGCUUCACUUGAAGAAGGCACACUUGAAGAAGCAGAGAUUUUGACAAAGGAAGAAGUGGAAAUUGUAUCUGGUGUUUUGUCUGAAGAAGAAAUCGGAGUUGAGGAAGUAGAAGUUGAUUUAGACUUCACCGCAAAGGAGGAAAUAGAGGCUGAAGUUGAGGUGGAAUCAGAAGGAGAGGAAGAAGUUGAAGCUGAGUUAGAUGUAUCUCCUCAUAUUGGUGGCUUACCUGAAGCUGAGGAAUCUGCACAAGAGGCCGAGCUAGAUGUAACACCAGUGAAACAACCUGAAAUCAAACGUGAAGUGGAAGGAGAAGAUGUGGUUGAAGAAUUGCAGCCUGAAGCUUCACUUGAAGAAGCAGAGAUUAUAACAGAUGAAGAAGUGGAAACUGAGGCUGAUGUUUUAUCUGAAGUAGAAAGCGAAGUUGAGGAAGUAGAAGCUGAUAUAGACUUCCCCACAAAGGAGGACAUAGAGGCUGAAGUUGAGGUGGAAUCGGAAGGAGAGGAAGAAGUUGAAGCUGAGUUAGAGGUAUCUCCUCAUAUUGGUGCCUUACCUGAAGCUGAGGAAUCUGCACAAGAGGCCGAGCUAGAUGUAACACCGGUGAAACAACCUGAAAUCAAACGUGAAGUGGAAGGAGAUGUGGUUGAAGAAUUGCAGCCUGAAGCUUCACUUGAAGAAGCAGAGAUUAUAACAGAGGAAGAAGUCGAAACUGUAUCUGAUGUUUUAUCUGAAGUAGAAAGCGAAGUUGAGGAAGUAGAAGCUGAUGUAGACUUCCCCGCAAAGGAGGAAAUAGAGGCUGAAGUUGGGGUGGAAUCGGAAGGAGAGGAAGAAGUUGAAGCUGAGUUAGAUGUAUCUCCUCAUGUUGGUGGCUUACCUGAAGCUGAGGAAUCUGCACAAGAGGCCGAGCUAGAUGUAACACCGGUGAAACAACCUGAAAUCAAGCGUGAAGUGGAAGGAGAAGACGUGAUUGAAGAAUUGCAGCCUGAAGCUUCACUUGAAGAAGGCACACUUGAAGAAGCAGAGAUUUUGACAAAGGAAGAAGUGGAAACUGUAUCUGGUGUUUUGUCUGAAGAAGAAAUCGGAGUUGAGGAAGUAGAAGUUGAUUUAGACUUCACCGCAAAGGAGGAAAUAGAGGCUGAAGUUGAGGUGGAAUCAGAAGGAGAGGAAGAAGUUGAAGCUGAGUUAGAUGUAUCUCCUCAUAUUGGUGGCUUACCUGAAGCUGAGGAAUCUGCACAAGAGGCCGAGCUAGAUGUAACACCAGUGAAACAACCUGAAAUCAAACGUGAAUUGGAAGGAGAAGAUGUGGUUGAAGAAUUGCAGCCUGAAGCUUCUCUUGAAGAAGCAGAGAUUAUAACAGAGGAAGAAGUGGAAACUGAGGCUGAUGUUUUAUCUGAAGUAGAAAGCGAAGUUGAGGAAGUAGAAGCUGAUAUAGACUUCCCCGCAAAGGAGGACAUAGAGGCUGAAGUUGAUGUGGAAUCGGAAGGAGAGGAAGAAGUUGAAGCUGAGUUAGAGGUAUCUCCUCAUAUUGGUGCCUUACCUGAAGCUGAGGAAUCUGCACAAGAGGCCGAGCUAGAUGUAACACCGGUGAAACAACCUGAAAUCAAACGUGAAGUGGAAGGAGAUGUGGUUGAAGAAUUGCAGCCUGAAGCUUUACUUGAAGAAGACACACUUGAAAAAGCAGAGAUUAUAACAGAGGAAGAAGUGGAAACUGAGGCUGAUGUUUUAUCUGAAGAAGAAAGCGGAGUUGAGGAAGUAGAGGCUGAUAUAGACUUCCCCGCAAAGGAGGAAAUAGAGGCUGAAGUUGAUGUGGAAUCGGAAAGAGAGGAUGAAGUUGAAGCUGAGUUAGAUGUAUCUCCUCAUAUUGGUGGCUUACCUGAAGCUGAGGAAUCUGCACAAGAGGCCGAGCUAGAUGUAACACCAGUGAAACAACCUGAAAUCAAACGUGAUGUGGAAGAUGUGGUUGAAGAAUUGCAGCCUGAAGCUUCACUAGAAGAAGACACACUUGAAAAAGCAGAGAUUAUGACAGAGGAAGAAGUGGAAACUGAGGCUGAUGUUUUAUCUGAAGUAGAAAGCGGAGUUGAGGAAGUAGAGGCUGAUAUAGACUUCCCCGCAAAGGAGGAAAUAGAGGCUGAAGUUGAGGUAGAAUCGGAAGGAGAGGAAGAAGUUGAAGCUGAGUUAGAUGUAUCUCCUCAUAUUGGUGGCUUACCUGAAGCUGAGGAAUCUGCACAAGAGGCCGAGCUAGAUGUAACACCGGUAAAACAACCUGAAAUCAAACAUGAAGUGGAAGAAGAAGAUGUGGUUGAAGAAUUGCAGCCUGAAGCUUCACUUGAAGAAGACACACUUGAAAAAGCAGAGAUUAUGACAGAGGAAGAAGUAGAAAUUAAGGCUGAUGUUUUAUCUGAAGUAGAAAGCGGAGUUGAGGAAGUAGAGGCUGAUAUAGACUUCCCCGCAAAGGAGGAAAUAGAGGCUGAAGUUGAGGUAGAAUCGGAAGGAGAGGAAGAAGUUGAAGCUGAGUUAGAUGUAUCUCCUGAUAUUGGUGGCUUACCUGAAGCUGAGGAAUCUGCACAAGAGGCCGAGCUAGAUGUAACACCGGUGAAACAACCUGAAAUGAAACGUGAAGUGGAAGGAGAUGUGGUUGAAGAAUUGCAGCCUGAAGCUUCACUUGAAAAAGCAGAGAUUAUAACAGAGGAAGAAGUGGAAACUGUAUCUGAUGUUUUAUCUGAAGUAGAAAGCGAAGUUGAGGAAGUAGAAGCUGAUGUAGACUUCACCGCAAAGGAGGAAAUAGAGGCUGAAGUUGAGGUAGAAUCGGAAGGAGAGGAAGAAGUUGAAGCUGAGUUAGAGGUAUCUCCUCAUAUUGGUGGCUUACCUGAAGCUGAGGAAUCUGCACAAGAGGCCGAGCUAGAUGUAACACCGGUAAAACAACCUGAAAUCAAACGUGAAGUGGAAGAAGAAGAUGUGGUUGAAGAAUUGCAGCCUGAAGCUUCACUUGAGGAAGACACACUUGAAAAAGCAGAGAUUAUGACAGAAGAAGAAGUGGAAACUGAGGCUGAUGUUUUAUCUGAAGAAGAAAGCGGAGUUGAGGAAGUAGAAGCUGAUAUAGACUUCCCCGCAAAGGAGGAAAUAGAGGCUGAAGUUGAGGUGGAAUCGGAAGGAGAGGAAGAAGUUGAAGCUGUGUUAGAUGUAUCUCCUCAUAUUGGUGGCUUACCUGAAGCUGAGGAAUCUGCACAAGAGGCCGAGCUAGAUGUAACACCGGUGAAACAACCUGAAAUCAAACGUGAAGUGGAAGAAGAAGAUGUGGUUGAAGAAUUGCAGCCUGAAGCUUCACUUGAAGAAGACACACUUGAAAAAGCAGAGAUUAUGACAGAGGAAGAAGUGGAAACUGAGGCUGAUGUUUUAUCUGAAGUAGAAAGCGGAGUUGAGGAAGUAGAGGCUGAUAUAGACUUCCCCGCAAAGGAGGAAAUAGAGGCUGAAGUUGAGGUAGAAUCGGAAGGAGAGGAAGAAGUUGAAGCUGAGUUAGAUGUAUCUCCUCAUAUUGGUGGCUUACCUGAAGCUGAGGAAUCUGCACAAGAGGCCGAGCUAGAUGUAACACCGGUAAAGCAACCUGAAAUCAAACGUGAUGUGGAAGAAGAAGAUGUGGUUGAAGAAUUGCAGCCUGAAGCUUCACUUGAAGAAGACACACUUGAAAAAGCAGAGAUUAUGACAGAGGAAGAAAUAGAAAGUGAGGCUGAUGUUUUGUCUGAAGAAGAAAGCGGAGUUGAGGAAGUAGAAGUUGAUUUAGACUUCACCGCAAAGGAGGAAAUAGAGGCUGAAGUUGAGGUGGAAUCGGAAGGAGAGGGAGAAGUUGAAGCUGAGUUAGAUGUAUCUCCUCAUGUUGGUGGCUUACCCGAAGCUGAGGAAUCUGCACAAGAGGCCGAGCUAGAUGUAACCCCGGUGAAACAACCUGAAAUCAAACGUGAAGUGGAAGGAGAAGAUGUGGUUGAAGAAUUGCAGCCUGAAGCUUCACUUGAAGAAGCAGAGAUUAUAACAGAGGAAGAAGUGGAAACUGAGGCUGAUGUUUUAUCUGAAGUAGAAAACGAAGUUGAGGAAGUAGAAGCUGAUAUAGACUUCCCCACAAAGGAGGAAAUAGAGGCUGAAGUUGAUGUGGAAUCGGAAGGAGAGGAAGAAGUUGAAGCUGAGUUAUAUGUAUCUCCUGAUAUUGGUGGCUUACCUGAAGCUGAGGAAUCUGCACAAGAGGCCGAGCUAGAUGUAACACCGGUGAAACAACCUGAAGUCAAACGUGAAGUGGAAGGAGAAGAUGUGGUUGAAGAAUUGCAGCCUGAAGCUUCACUUGAAGAAGCAGAGAUUAUAACAGAGGAAGAAGUGGAAACUGUAUCUGAUGUUUUAUCUGAAGAAGAAAGCGGAGUUGAGGAAGUAGAAGCUGAUGUAGACUUCCCCACAAAGGAGGAAAUAGAGGCUGAAGUUGAGGUAGAAUCGGAAGGAGAGGAAGAAGUUGAAGCUGAGUUAGAUGUAUCUCCUCAUAUUGGUGGCUUACCUGAAGCUGAGGAAUCUGCACAAGAGGCCGAGCUAGAUGUAACACCGGUAAAACAACCUGAAAUCAAACGUGAAGUGGAAGAAGAAGAUGUGGUUGAAGAACUGCAGCCUGAAGCUUCACUUGAAGAAGACACACUUGAAAAAGCAGAGAUUAUAACAGAGGAAGAAGUGGAAACUGUAUCUGAUGUUUUAUCUGAAGAAGAAAGCAGAGUUGAGGAAGUAGAGGCUGAUAUAGACUUCCCCGCAAAGGAGGACAUAGAGGCUGAAGUUGGGGUGGAAUCGGAAGGAGAGGAAGAAGUUGAAGCUGAGUUAGAUGUAUCUCCUCAUAUUGGUGGCUUACCUGAAGCUGAGGAAUCUGCACAAGAGGCCGAGCUAGAUGUAACACCGGUAAAACAACCUGAAAUGAAACGUGAAGUGGAAGGAGAAGAUGUGGUUGAAGAAUUGCAGCCUGAAGCUUCACUUGAAGAAGACACACUUGAAAAAGCAGAGAUUAUGACAGAGGAAGAAGUAGAAAUUAAGGCUGAUGUUUUAUCUGAAGAAGAAAGCGUAGUUGAGGAAGUAGAGGCUGAUAUAGACUUCCCCGCAAAGGAGGAAAUAGAGGCUGAAGUUGGUGUGGAAUCGGAAGGAGAGGAAGAAGUUGAAGCUGAGUUAGAGGUAUCUCCUCAUAUUGGUGGCUUACCUGAAGCUGAGGAAUCUGCACAAGAGGCCGAGCUAGAUGUAACACCGGUGAAACAACCUGAAAUCAAACGUGAAGUGGAAGGAGAUGUGGUUGAAGAAUUGCAGCCUGAAGCUUCACUUGAAGAUGAAGAGAUUAUAACAGAGGAAGAAGUGGAAACUGUAUCUGAUGUUUUAUCUGAAGUAGAAAGCGAAGUUGAGGAAGUAGAAGCUGAUGUGGACUUCCCCGCAAAGGAGGAAAUAGAGGCUGAAGUUGGGGUGGAAUCGGAAGGAGAGGAAGAAGUUGAAGCUGAGUUAGAGGUAUCUCCUCAUAUUGGUGGCUUACCUGAAGCUGAGGAAUCUGCACAAGAGGCCGAGCUAGAUGUAACACCGGUGAAACAACUUGAAAUCAAACGUGAAGUGGAAGGAGAUGUGGUUGAAGAAUUGCAGCCUGAAGCUUUACUUGAAGAAGACACACUUGAAAAAGCAGAGAUUAUAACAGAGGAAGAAGUGGAAACUGUAUCUGAUGUUUUAUCUGACGAAGAAAGCGGAGUUGAGGAAGUAGAAGCUGAUGUGGACUUCCCCGCAAAGGAGGAAAUAGAGGCUGAAGUUGGGGUGGAAUCGGAAGGAGAGGAAGAAGUUGAAGCUGAGUUAGAGGUAUCUCCUCAUAUUGGUGGCUUACCUGAAGCUGAGGAAUCUGCACAAGAGGCCGAGCUAGAUGUAACACCGGUAAAACAACCUGAAAUCAAACGUGAUGUGGAAGGAGAUGUGGUUGAAGAAUUGCAGCCUGAAGCUUUACUUGAAAAAGCAGAGAUUAUGACAGAGGAAGAAGUGGAAACUGAGGCUGAUGUUUUAUCUGAAGUAGAAAGCGAAGUUGAGGAAGUAGAAGCUGAUAUAGACUUCCCCGCAAAGGAGGAAAUAGAGGCUGAAGUUGAGGUAGAAUCGGAAGGAGAGGAAGAAGUUGAAGCUGAGUUAGAGGUAUCUCCUCAUAUUGGUGGCUUACCUGAAGCUGAGGAAUCUGCACAAGAGGCCGAGCUAGAUGUAACUCCGGUGAAACAACCUGAAAUGAAACGUGAAGUGGAAGGAGAUGUGGUUGAAGAAUUGCAGCCUGAAGCUUCACUUGAAAAAGCAGAGAUUAUGACAGAGGAAGAAGUGGAAACUGAGGCUGAUGUUUUAUCUGAAGUAGAAAGCUUAGUUGAGGAAGUAGAAGUUGAUAUAGACUUCCCCGCAAAGGAGGAAAUAGAGGCUGAAGUUGAGGUAGAAUCGGAAGGAGAGGAAGAAGUUGAAGCUGAGUUAGAUGUAUCUCCUCAUAUUGGUGCCUUACCUGAAGCUGAGGAAUCUGCACAAGAGGCCGAGCUAGAUGUAACCCCGGUGAAACAACCUGAAAUAAAGCGUGAAGUGGAAGGAGAAGAAGUUGAUAAAGCUGAUGAAACUUGUGUUAAGCUACCCCAAGAACCUCAAACAAGAACUGUUGAGGAGAUUUCCGCCAUAUUCGACAUCGCUCCUGAAUUUCUACAGGAGCUUGAAGACCAAGAAAUUACAGAAGGUCAGACUGUCACUUUGACUGUAAGGGUCAAAGGUCAUCCCGCUCCAGAAAUCAAAUGGUUUAAGGAUGGUGAACAGCUUGUACCAGACAAACAUUACUCUGUGGUCACUGUGGACGAGGGUGAAGUACGCCUCAUCAUCCACGAAGCGACUAUUGAGGACGAUGCCGAGUACACGUGUACGGCGGAGAACCACGCGGGAUCCGUGUCCACCACAGCAGAGAUCCUCGUCAACCCUGCAGGAGAAGCUCCAUCAUUCCCAUUGUCCUUGGAGGAUGUGGAGGCUGACCUUGACACUACCAUUUCCCUUGAGGUCCAGGUCAAAGGUCAUCCAAGGCCAGAGGUCACCUGGUUCAAAGACGGCGACGAAAUCCAGCCUAGUGAUAGAAUCAGCAUUGAAUACCGCGAUGACAAUAUGUGUAUCUUGACAAUUUACGGGGUCACCCCUUACGACGAAGGAGACUACACAGUCGAGGCGACCAAUGAGAGCGGAUCAGCCAGCUGUACUGGCGAGUUCCUGGUACACAUGGUGGCACCAGAAUUCCCUCAGCCUCUCUCUGAUAUCACCGCAGCCGUGGACAUCCCCACCCUUCUCACGUGCGAGGUCACCGGCCUGCCACGCCCAGAAGUCACGUGGUUGCUGGAUGACACACCCCUUCAGGAAUCACCCAAGUACCACAUGACCUAUGAAGGCACAACUGCCACACUGGAAAUCGCCGAGACAACUCCAGUCGAUGCGACCAAAACGUACACUUGCAAAGCGACGAACGUGGCGGGCCAGAGCACGACCUCAGCUCGACUUCUUUCUCAAGUCGCUGAAGUAGCAGAGGAAGUUCCCCAAGAGGAGGUAUCUCCUGCCAAACCUGCCUUGUUUGGUCCAGAAUUUGUCCUGAAGAUCCAAGCACAAGAGGUACCAGAAGGUGACACCGUGGACUUUUCGUGCGAAGUGAUCGGAGAGCCCAAACCGGAUGUGACGUGGUUCUACAAUGGACAACAGCUGGAGGACGAAGGGCGUUACAUGAUCUUUGAGGAGGAUGGACUCCAUCAUCUGGAAGUGUACGAGGUAUCGCCUGAAGACGUUGGCAGUUAUGUGGCUAAAGCCGAGAACCAGUUUGGUGAAGUCACCUGCUCUGCUGAUCUCACACUCGAAGAAAAACCAGUCGAGGAAGUAAGUGAGCUUGAGGCGCCUCAUUUCGUUGUUGCCAUAGAAACCCUGGAGACCACGCCCGGUGAAACUGUGAAGUUCACAUGCCAGGUUGCCGGUCAACCGUCACCUGAAGUCUUGUGGUACAAAAACGACAAACAGAUCACUACUCCAGACGAACACUUUGCCAUCGAGUACGCCGAAGAGGGUGAAGUGUCCCUAUUGGUGGUUGAUGUCUUACCAGAGCAUGAUGGGAAGAUCACGUGCUGCGCCACUAACGAGGUCGGGAAAGCGGAGUGCUCUGCGGAGCUUAUUGUCGAAGAAACCAAACCUUUUGAAGAAGACAGACCGCCCGAAUUUAUUAAAGUUCCUGAUAAUGUCACAGUGCGAGAGAAAGACAACGCCGAGUUUGUUGUCCGAGUAGAUGGCUCGCCCAAACCCACCGUGAGCUGGACUCGCGAUGGAAAAGUUUUGGAUGACAAGAGUAUUUACCACACCGAUGAGUUCGAUGACACCUACAAUUUCGAGAUCAAAAAUACGGAAGUGGAGGAUGCUGGGAUAUAUACGUGCACCGCGACAAAUCGCGCAGGGGAGGCUACUAGUCAGAUCCCGCUCAUUGUUAAUGAAAUUGACAGAGAAGAGCGUCUGUCCGAGUCUCCUCUGGUUCUGCGACAUGUCGAGGAAACCAAGCCACCGUCUUUCCUGGAAGUUUUCGACGAUAUUACGAUCAUGGAAGAGAAACCCCUAACACUGACGUGCCGGGUCACUGGUCUGCCCAGGCCUGGCCUUAAAUGGCUCAAGGAUGGGCAAGAACUGGUGGAGUCCCGAGCCCUCAAAAUUUCAUACGACGACGACGUUUGUACUUUGACGAUUUCGAAGACUUCCAUGGACCAGGAAGGACGCUACACAUGUGUGGCGACGAACCCGGCUGGGACGGCCGAGUGUUCCGCCCAAGUUACCGUCGAGGGGAAGACCGACGCCCCGAGAUUCACCAAGGAGCUCGACGACCGUGACGUCAGAGAAGAUCGACCAAUCCGCUUUGACUGUUACGUUACGGGCUUGCCCCAACCAGAAGUUGUAUGGUAUUUGAACGACGAACCUGUGGAGUCUGGCGUAAGGACCAGGGUAGAACAGAAGUGGUCGUUCACUGAGUACCAGCAUACUCUUCACAUCGAACACGCCAUGCCUGAGGACUCCGGAGAGGUCAAAGCCGUUGCUACGAACAGAGUGGGAGAAGCAACAACAACAGCUAAACUUCACGUUGAAGAGAAGAAAGAACUGCCCAAAUUCACCAAAAUGUUGGAGAACGUGGAAGUUUUGGAGUACAACCAAGCAGUCAUGGACGUGGUUGUCACUGGAAAACCCAAACCGGAAGUCACAUGGCUGAAAGGUAACGAUAUCCUCCAGGAAAGUGAAGACGUUAUUUUCGAAACUGACGGCAAUCUUCACAGACUUAUUCUCAAGUCGGCACAGCUAAAUGACCACGGCCUAUACACAGCCAGGGCCCAUAACCCUGCCGGUCAAACAGCAUCCAAUGCCAGGCUUAAAGUUUUACCUGUCAAGAAACCUAGCGUUGUACGCAAAAUGUCAGACACAGUUGCCCCAGAAAACGGAACAGUCAAAUUUGAUGUCAAGGUUGCAGGACAACCCACUCCAGAAAUUAAAUGGUUCCUGAAUGAAGAAGAGCUACAGCCUAGCGACACGUUCAUCAUGGAGUAUGACGAAAAGCAAGCUGUGUAUUCUCUGGUAAUCACAGAGCUGAAUGAAGCUCUCCAGGGGACGAUCAAGGCUGUCCUCUACAACAACGGCGGAGAGGUCGAAACCACAGCAAAACUAGAGAUCAGAGGCCGAGCUCCAACCUUCCUGGAAGUCCCUCUGAAGUGCACUCUGUUGGAAGGUGACACCGCGGAAUUCCGCUGCAAGGUUGAUGGCGAACCCAAACCUAAAGUGGAGUGGUCGAAAGGAAAAUGGCGCAAACUCGAGACCGGUGGAAAAAUCAAAGCUUACUAUGACGAAGAGACCGGUGAGCAUGUUCUCAAAAUGGCGGACGUCGUGGAGAAAGACGAAGGGACAUACACCGUCACUGCCACCAAUGAACACGGUACGGAACAAGUUCCCGCUACCCUGAUGGUGACUGAGUUUGAGGAAGAAGCAGUCGACUGGAAAGCUCAGCUUAAACACAGGUAA